AUGGAAUAUUUAGUUGGACAAUUAUUUGGUGCAAUGAAACAUUUACUGUAUUUUAUUGAAUUAUUAAAAAUCCAGAUGAAACAAAUGUUUAAACAAUUAAAAUCAACAUUGAAACGUUGUCGUUUUUUAUUAUCAUCAACAAAUAAUCAAAAAUUAUUUUGGCAAAUUUUUCAUACAAAUUAUUUACAAUUAUAUAAUGAAUUAUCAAUAAUCAAUAAAACAGUACGAAAUAUAUUCUUAAUUAUUGAAAUCAUUUCAAAAUCGGCUAUAAUAUUUUGUAGUUUAUUUUUAAGUAAACAAAAUGAAAUUAAUAUUUAC